GAAAAGCAAAAACAAUAAAAUAAAAUAAAAUGAUCUGGUUAAUGCACCAAAAAAAGAAAGCUAUGGGCUUUACUUUUAUAAGAGAGAACAAAAUGUAAGCCUUUUUUCUACAAUUACAAUACAAGAGCCUCCUCUCUUUCAAACACCAAAAGACGGAGACAGAGAGAUGGCAGAUUCAAAGAUGAUGACGAUCUCAAGACUAGCACAAUGGAGGAUCGAGAAGUUAGGCCCUUGCUCUUGCAAAACAUCUGAUCCUUUCAAGAUAGGAAUCUGGAACUGGCACUUGUCUGUGGAGAAGAAUCGAUACCUCCAUGUUCGUUUGUUUCCAGAGCCAUCUCGAGUUUCCAUAGAGCAACCUCCUAUUGCUACAUUUAUUCUUCGUGUUUUUAAUGCUCGAGCUAACCGCGCGCCCUAUAUCUCUACUGUUCACGAAAGAUUGCUGCGAACAAGCGAUGACUUUGUCUGGCCUGUUGAUUCCACCUUUCAUGAUCGCUUCAUCAUUGAUGUCGAGUUUCUAGACCUCAAGAUCUGGCACCUUCUGAAUGGUGGGGAAGCCAGUUCCAUAUGGCCUAGUGAUGGUAUGAUGCAGUCUAUUUCAACCCAAAGCACACUUAGACGUCUCUCUCGCAUGCUGGAUGAAGCCAUCCAUGCUGAUGUUACGAUCCACACUGCUGAUGGCACUUUAAGAGCACAUAAAGCAAUUCUUGCUGCAAGUUCACCUGUUUUCCAGAGCAUGUUUCAUCAUGACUUCAAGGAAAAAGAGUCCUCUACAAUCAACAUAGAAGACAUGUCAACGGAGUCUUGCAUGGCUUUUCUCAGUUACUUGUAUGGAACAAUUAAACAAGAGGAUUUCUGGAAACACCGUUUAGCAUUGCUUGAGGCUGCGAACAAAUAUGAUAAUGCAGACCUUAAAGAUGCUUGUGAGGAGAGCCUCGUGGAAGAUAUCAAUACUGGAAAUGUACUUGACAGGCUGCAAGAGGCCUGGCUUUACCAGUUGGACAAGCUGAAGAAAGGAUGCUUGGCGUACUUAUUUGAUUUUGGCAAGGUAUAUGAUGCUAGAGAAGAAAUCAACAACUUUUUCAGGCAAGCAGACAGGGAAUUGAUUCUGGAAAUGUUCCAAGAAGUCUUUACAAUUAGGAAACCAGUAUAUAAUUUACCUUGUGAAGUCCUCUAAAGAAGUGGUUACUGUUACAUAGUUGCGUAUAAUGUGAAGUUGGUUUUUCUGUUUGUCAUUGAGCAGUGGUGUUCAGGGUGUGAAGUUUCGUUUGUGCUGUUGUAACUAACGCAGAAUUUCACUAAAGGAUAGUGUAACUACAAAAUUUGUUUGUAUUAAUUUGUGUAAUAUAAAUUUGUCUUUUAUAUACUUAGAUAUAAAUUUCAUUUUUAACUA